CAUUCGUUCUUCGCAACUAUAAAGAAGCAGAUAUAUUAUACAUUCGUCAUCAACAAGUUGGUGCGAACAGCUGAUCCACCAUCGUCACUCAUUUCGCUACCACCUGCACAUCCGCUCGUAAUUUUGUUAAACACUAAUUAGGUGAAGAGACCAUACGAGGAUGGCAUUAUCAGAAGAAGAAAUCAGGCGCUUAUUUAGGAUCAGGAGAACCGUUAUGCAGAUGCUGAGAGACAGAGGCUAUUUGGUUGGUGAGUUUGAAAUCAAUAUGGACAUGAAUGAACUGUUAAGGAAAUAUGGAGAGAACAUGAAAAGAGAAGAUCUCCUUAUCAGCAAGGCCAAGACAAAUGAUAGCUCUGAUCAGAUCUAUGUCUUCUUCCCUGAGGAACCAAAGGUUGGUGUUAAAACCUUGAAGACUUACACUGAACGUAUGAAAUCAGAAAAUGUUUUUCGAGCAGUUCUGGUUGUUCGAGAAAAUUUGACGCCUUUUGCUCGAACCUGCAUGAGUGAGAUUGCUACAAAGUUCCAUUUGGAAGUGUUUCAGGAAGCUGAGCUGUUGGUGAAUGUUAAAGAUCAUGUUUUAGUUCCUGAGCACCAAGUGCUUACAACCGAAGAAAAGAAAACUUUGCUCGAAAGAUACACUGUCAAAGAAACACAGCUACCUAGGAUUCAGGUGUGUGAUCCGAUCGCGCGUUACUAUGGGCUAAAGCGCGGCCAGGUUAUGAAAAUUAUCAGACCAAGUGAGACAGCCGGCCGUUAUGUCACCUAUCGAUAUGUAGUUUGAGGUUUAUCUGUUAAUUACAGUUAUUAAGCUCCUACCUGAAGAGUAAGAAUAUGAUAUAUAUAUCUUACCAUGUUUUUGUUGUUCCUAAUGUUUAAAAAGACGCCAAAUAGAAUAGCUAUGCUAUGGGUGAGACUCCUAACGGGUACUUUUAUUUCUUUGUAUAUGUAAAGAGGUAAAACCCAAUUUUUUUUGUGGAUUU